AUGUACGAAUCGGAGACUUGGGCAGCACUGUCUACGGUGAUGGAGAGGCUUGAUUGCGCGGAAAGGAAGCUGUUAAGACGGCUGCUUGGGUACCUUUGGCCUAGGAUGUACCUGCGGAUGACACGUUACGCAGAAUAUGGAAUAGCGACAAGUGGAGCAGCUCUCGCAGUUGAUCGAGAAGGUUGGGCAGAGCUAUGUUCAAAAGCGAAGCACCUCAGCGAAGAUGCGAAUAGUUGCGUCAAGCGGAGACAUGAGCUCGCCGACUAA